AUGGGCAAUCGAAUAGUCACUAAAUUUGGCAAAUCUAAAUCGCUGACUGAUGAAGAAAUCGUUGAAAUACAAAAGAUUUCAAAACUUAGUGCAGAUGAAAUCAGAGAAGAACACAAAGGAUUUUUAAAAUUACAGCCAACAGGUAAAAUGACCAAGGAACAAUUCAUCCAUAUGUAUAAGUUGCUUGAUUUUGAUUGCGAUAUGACUGAUGAAGUAGCUUGCGAUAAAGCAUUUGCUACAUUUGAUAAAAAUAAAAAUGGAACAAUCGAAUUUGACGAAUUUCUUUUGGCAAUGCACUUCCUACGACCAAAUACCAUCGAAUCAAACGUUGAUAUUCUCUUUCGAGGGUUUGAUUUUUCUGGCGAUGGAUAUUUAGAUCAUGAGGAAAUAACUGCAAUUUUCGAUGGUGCCGUAGCUUUGGGCGUUGUAAAAGAUGCUGACCAUGAUUAUGCAAAGAAAACAGCUUCAGAAGUAUUUGCAAUUUUAGGUCUCAGUGAUGACUCAAAAAUAAACAAGGAACAACUUAUCAAAGGUCGUUCUUCUACAAUUGUUCCUAUAAUAAGAACUAGUUGUAAUACAAUAAAAACAAACAUCGAAUCAAAUCAUCGUAUCUGUUUUAAAUUAAUUCUAGCUGCUUUAAUUCCAUUGAUGAUCGGUAGUUUUACAAUAGUUACAACAGUUAUUCAACAUAAAAUAUCUGUUCAACAACGUCAACAAGAUAAACAAGAAUCAAAUUUAUUUCGAGAACAAUCCGAACGUCAUGCAGAUAAUUUACAAAAAGAAACAAUAAUUGUUAAAUAUCUUGAUGAUAUAUCAAAUUUAUUAAUGUUAGACAAUCAAUCAAAAAUUUUUGCACAAAUUCGUAUAAAAACAUUAACUACUCUUCGACAACUGGAUGCCGAACGAAAAAAAUCUAUACUUUUAUUUCUUUGUGAAAGUGAAUUAAUAUGUCAAAAUCCGCAAUAUUUAAAUUCAUCUUUAGUAAAAUUAAAUGAUGCUGAUUUUAAUGGUAUUCAAUUAGAUGGAACUGAUGAUAAUAAAUGUUCAUUUACACGACUAAAAUUAUAUGAUGCUUAUUUAUCAAAUUCUUCAUUUAUUGAUUGUUAUAUUGAUUAUUCGAACUUUUCACAUACAACAAUGAAUAAAGUUGUAUUUUUUAAACGUGUACUAAUACGAACAUCAUUUAAAUUUGCUUCAUUAAACGAAGCUAAAUUCUGUAAUAUGAAACUUUCUUCAAUUAACUUCAUUGGAGCAUCAUUGAUUCGCAGUGAUUUUACUGGAACUGUUUGGGAUAAUACAACUGUAGAUUUUACAAAUGCAAAUCUUACAGACGCAACACUAUCAGAUAAACAACUUAAAAACUCAACUUUAGAUAAUUGUAUUUUACCAAAUGGAACAUGGGGACCAAUUCAAACGAAAAAUUUAGUAGCUAAUGGUGAUAUCACACAAUUCUGUGGUUCAGACGAUGGUCGUAAUUUAAGCGAUUGGAAAAUUCCUAAUGGUGGAGAAAUCAACGUGUUUCCGAACAAUGAUCAAUAUAUACCUAAAGAUCUGUAUAAAUGUUAUUUUCGAGUAGUUAAACUUAACAAUAUUAGCAAAGCCGAAUUUAUAACACAAACAAUUAAUCUUGAGCAUUAUUCUCGUUUGAUUACUUCAAAUAUGGCUCGUUAUAAAUCAUCAAUAACUAUUCAAUGUUUUGGUAAAGAAUUCAUUACUUUUACAUUACGUUUUAUUGAUUCAAAUGGUUUACGAUAUACAGCUGUGGACAAAGAACCUGAUAAAGGAACAUAUGUGCAAACAUUAGAACUUUCUGAUAUUAUUCGUACUGAUGUAUCUGCUGUUCAAAUCUUAGUAACAUUUAUAAACAGUAAAGUUAAUAUGAAUACAUCAUUCGAAGGAAAUGAUUGUAGAUGUUAUAAUGUUCAUUUUUCAAUCAUCAAAGUAUAA